AUGCAAAUGCAGCAACACUCCGGUCCUGGGCUUUCUGUUCCUGGUUCUAAUAUGAUAUUGCGAUGGCCAACCUCACUGCUUUCUUCCCAAACGCAAGGUCAACAACAGCAUGCGAUGGCCUUGUCACAACACCAUCAAACUGGACAAGGUCAUUGUCUCCUAGGCUCUUCAUCAAACACUGUGUCGGUUUCCUCUAACCCAGGCCAAGGAAAUUUGGUUCUUACUCCUGGAGGUGGGCUUACUUUAUCCAUGGGCCUUCGUCCGCAGGUUCCUUCCAGCCAAAUGCAUCAUGCGCCUCCCUUUUGA